AUGUCCCGAUCAGCGUUGCUGUUGUGUGCCUUUCUUGGUAUACUGAUGGGUGUUGCUGUUGCAUACGAAGUUGAGUUCACUCCGGCUCUGAAGACCUUCAUUCUAGAUAUGCAUAAUGAAAUGAGAAAGAAACAACAUGGCGCUAAUAUGAACGAAUUGGAAUGGGACAACACACUAGCACAAGAGGCUCUUGACUGGAUCUCGUCUUGUACGUUUGAGCACCAGAUGAAGGGUCGAGGUGAGAACCUGGCUUUCAACACUGACGAAGCGAGUAACGAGGAGCUCAUUACAAAAUCCAUGGAUGAUUGGUACAGCGAGAUUCAGUACUUCAAAUAUGGCAACAAGUCCUGCUCGCAAGAUUGCCACUUCUCGCAGCUUGUGUGGGCCGAGACAAAUAAAGUGGGAUGUGCCAUGGUUCGUUGUCCUACAUUCCAUGUCCCUUGGGAUCCCAACACUGCCAUCCCUAACGCCUGGUACAUCGGCUGCUUUUACGAUCCAAAAGGAAACGAUUACGGUGUUUUCCCCUGGUUGAAAGGACCACCUUGUGCUCAUUGUUUGAAGGGACAAACUUGCUCACUUAACCGUCUAUGUCACGGAGAAGGCAUCAUCCCGUGUGUGAACAUUGAGUCCAAAGAUCACUGUAGUUUCUGGUAUGAAGAAGGGGAAUGUGACAGUAAUCCAGGAUUCAUGCACAAGUACUGCAGAAAGGGUUGCAAACUUUGUACUCCGGCACCCGGGGAAGAAGAAGAAGAAAAUGAACCGUGUGAAGAUAUGUCCAAGUAUGCUCAAAUGCGCCACAAUGGUCAGCUCGCGUGCGAAAUCUGGCGACAAAAUAAACAGUGCGAAACCAACCCAUUCCUGAAAACAGCGUGCAAAAAAACAUGUGGAUUCUGCUGA